AUGACUCAACACUUGUAUGGAGAUAAACCAUUUUCUUCUUCCGAUGAGUUGCAAUCGAUCAGCAGUAUUAGAAUUAAUGACAUUAGAAUUGAGGAAAUUAAUAAAUCAAUGGAGGGAGAAACGAUUCGCUUGAUUGCAAGAGCUUCAAGAGUUGUAAAAAAGGGAAAAUUAUGUUUUGUUCGGUUGAGAAGAAACUCACAUUCGAUACAGGCAUGUUUCCUUGCAAAAAAUGAUCAAGAAAGGGAAAUGGUUAAAUAUAUUGGAGGAAUUCCUCAUGAAUCAAUAGUGGAAGUUGUUGGAAUAAUUGUUAUGAGAAAGAGUAAGAGUAAUGAAACUGUUUCAGAGUUGGAAUUGGAAAUGAAAGAGAUUUAUUGUUUAUCAAGAGCUCAAAAAUUGGAUUAUGAAUUGGAUGAAUUGGAAGAUAUGAGGCAGAGUAGGUCCUUACAUACUAAGAGAUAUGUCAGCUUGCGACAUUCCUUUAUGCAUCAUAUUUUCAAAUUGCAAUCUUUAAUUGGAAGAAAGUUUUGUGAAUAUAUGUAUUCGAAAGAUUUUACAGAAAUUCACACACCUCACAUUGUUAAAAAUCAAAGUGAUAAUAAUAUAUCCAGUUUUACUUUUGAUUAUUUUGGUAAUAGUGUUGAAUUGACCACCUCUUCACAUCUACAUCAACAAUUAGCUAUUCAUGGUGGAUUGGAUAGAGUAUUUGAGAUUUCUUGUGCAUUUGAAAAGCACCAUGGCUGUACGCAUGUACACUUGAACGAAAAAACAACAUUGAAUUUUGGAAUGACUAUUGCCUCUCACUACCAUGAAGUAAUAUCUGUGGUGAAAGAGUUAUUGAACUAUAUUAUUGAUGAAAUAUCAGAAUAUGAAGGAUUGGAAGUAAUUGCAAAGCAUAACUCAAGGGGUCUAGAAAAAUUAAAGAAAACAGAAAUUUUGGAGCUCACAUUCAAAGAAGCUGAUGCCCUAUUGAUAGCCAAUUGUUCAGAAAAUGAAUUUGGUGGAUUUAUGGCACUUAGAGAAGUAGCAAGUUACUUUAAAGAUUAUACUGACAUUUUGAUUAUUCAAAAUAGUGCACAUGAAGAAGUUGGUUGUUUUGAAAUGCCAAGUUCAACUGGAAAGGGCUUUAACAAUUUCAUCAUUCUUAUUAGAGGAAUUGUUGUUGGACGUGGAUGCCAAUAUAUUCACGAUGAGGAAUUGUUGAAGCAUCAGGUUCGCUGUCAUGCCCCUGAUCUAGUAUCAGCUUUGAAAUAUGGUGCUCAACCUUGUGGUGGAUGUUCAAUUGAUUUAGAGUUAUUCUUAAUGCAAUUCCUUCAAUUAAGCAAUGUUCGAUUCACCUCUCUAUUUCCAAGAGCUCCCACUAUCUAUGAAAAUGAGCAACUACUUUAAUAAUUAAGUAAUUUUUAUAAAAAUUGAUAUUAUUCG